AUGGCUCUAAACAAUAGCAAAAGAUUGCUCAAACUACUGUCAGAUGAAACAAUUCACUGUGUAAGAAACUAUGGAACUGCUAAAAGAGUUGCUGCUACAAACCCUGUCGUUGAAAUGGAUGGAGACGAGAUGACACGAAUUAUUUGGGAGAAAAUUAAAGAGAAAUUAAUUUUUCCCUAUGUGAAGCUCGAUUGUCUGUACUACGACUUGGGUUUGCCUCAUCGUGACGCGACGAACGAUCAAGUGACGAUAGAUGCUGCCCAUGCCAUCCUCAAACACAAUGUUGGCAUCAAGUGCGCUACGAUCACACCAGAUGAGCAGAGAGUAGAGGAGUUCAAGUUGAAGAAGAUGUGGCUGAGUCCUAAUGGCACCAUUCGUAAUAUCUUGGGUGGAACAGUCUUCCGUGAGCCAAUCCUAUGCAAAAGUAUACCUAGAGUUGUACCUGGCUGGACUAAGCCCAUGGUAAUUGGUCGUCACGCACAUGGAGACCAGUACAAGGCCCAGGACUUCCUAGUUUCGAAGCCAGGAAAGGUGGAGUUAGUAUACACAGCAGAAGAUGGUACAGUAGAAAAACAACUGCUCUACGAUUUCAAAGUACCCGGAGUUGCAAUGGGAAUGUACAACACUGACGAGUCUAUACGUUCUUUUGCGCACUCUAGUUUUCAGGUAGCUAUACAAAAGAAAUGGCCGCUAUAUUUAUCAACAAAGAAUACAAUACUUAAGCGCUACGACGGUCGUUUUAAGGACAUCUUCCAAGAAAUUUAUGACAGCGACUACAAGAAGCAGUUUGAAGAUGCCAAAAUCUGGUAUGAGCAUCGGUUGAUCGAUGACAUGGUGGCGCAGGCUAUUAAGGGCGCUGGUGGAUUUGUGUGGGCCUGCAAGAACUAUGACGGUGACGUGCAGUCUGACGUCGUAGCACAGGGUUAUGGAUCUCUGGGUAUGAUGACUUCAGUCCUUAUGUGUCCGGACGGAAAAACUGUAGAAUCUGAGGCAGCCCAUGGUACGGUGACGCGACACUACCGAAUGCAUCAGCAAGGCAAACCUACUUCCACCAAUCCGGUUGCCUCUAUCUACGCCUGGACUAGAGGGCUUUUACAUCGGGCGAAGUUGGAUGGCACACCCGAUCUUGAACGUUUUGCGUUAGCUCUUGAGGAGGCGUGCGUCGAAUGCAUUGAUAGCGGCAAGAUGACCAAGGACUUGGUUAUAUGCAUUCACGGCGUAGCUAACACGAAAGAAGGAAUGUACUUGCACACUGAAGACUUCUUACAGGCUAUCGCUGAUCAACUUGAACACAAAUUAUCUAAGUAA